UGUAUUUAUUACUAUAGAAUCGGAUCGCAUUUGUAUGUACAUACUAUCCUUACGCGGGCUUCUUCCUACAGACUACAAUUGUACUGCUUUACUGCAUUCUCUUGAAUGGCAACGUCUGAGGAAUUACCAAAAGCCCAAUUCGGACCACCGCUAUGGCUUGGUAACGAAAAUGAGGGUCUAGCAUAUUAUGUCUUUAACCCAGAGGGAACAGAGUCAAUACUACUCCUUCAUGGUGCCAUGACUGGUGGCACGGAAUGGGAUCUUGUUUUACCCCACCUCUCGAAGCGGUAUCAUAUUCUUGCGCCAGAUAUUCCCCUCCACAACCGUUCAAGAAACAUAAAACUUGAAAACCCUGGCAUAGAUACGGGAAACCUCCUACGAGAUCUGGUCAAAGGCUCCGCAAAGGGAGGACAGGCACAUGUAGUGGGACUAAGUAUGGGAGCUCACAUCGGCAGGAGACUGGCAGUUCAGUGCCCGGAAGUAGUCAGGACCUGCUUUUUGUCUGGAUUCAGUCAGCUGGAUUGGAUACCAUGGAAAGGCUCGCUCGCUUACAUUGUCUAUGCCGUGGAAUACGUUGGCGCAAUGGUCCCAAAAAGCUGGAUUGACAGAAUUGAACAUGCAACUGAUACUGAGACUCCGCAUGAUCUAGAGCAUUUCAAGAGGGUUUGGAAUUUGAUGAUGGACGAUAGAGAUGUGAAGGGUAAAUCCUGGGAGGCUCGAACACUGGUGGUUGCUGCAACGAAAGGUGGGCUUGUUCCCACAAACGACUCCAUUAGAGAUGCCAGCGCAUUGGCAUUACUCGCACAACAGAAAAACCCAGAGAGCGCGGUUGUGCAGAAUAAGACCAUGCGCCAUGGGUGGAGCAGACAAGGCCCAAAACUAUUUGCAGAAGCCGUCAUGUGCUGGAUUGAGAACAAGCCAUUACCGGAUAGUUUCGAGCCCAUCUAAAUGAUGACAGAGCGAAUAUAAGUCUCAUCAUACGAAGACCAAAUAAAGUAUCGAUGCAAAUGGCCACCGCCACCUCACAUGGUAGCCUCAACUAGUCUACAGCUAAAGAGGACUAGACGCACUCUUGAUCAAGCGAACGGUGGCGGCUGAAGCCUAGACAGACAGACUAUAUCUUAGUUCAAAUCAAAUUAUAUGGAAACUCGAAUAUUCAAGUCCCACUCUUUUGCUUUGCUAUAGCUAUCCGAC